UCAGUCUCUGUCGCGGAGGAACAUUCAGUCUUCCAUUUCCAGUGUCUCAAAGUGAUUAAAUCCUUAUUGUUGGGGUUGGUAUGCCCUAAUUCUUGCGUUAAGGACAAUGCGAAUCCUUCACCUUCUUCCCAAACCAUUCAUCUUCAAUCCCUUCCAUUCCAAAGCCUUCCCAAGCCCCAACCCUAAAUCCUUCCCCAAAUCCCCCUCUUCCACCCCCGUUAAAUCCGUCCUUCAAUGGAACCGGAAGCCGGAGCUCGCCGGUGACACUCCCCGCGUCGUCGUCAUCACCUCUGGUAAAGGCGGCGUUGGCAAGACCACCACCACUGCCAAUGUCGGCAUUUCCCUGGCCCGUCUUGGCUUCUCUGUUGUGGCCAUUGAUGCGGACGUUGGCCUCCGGAAUCUCGACCUUCUCUUAGGGCUUGAGAAUCGUGUCAAUUACACUGUUGUUGAGGUUCUCAAUGGGGAUUGCCGGUUGGAUCAGGCUUUGGUGAGGGAUAAACGAUGGUCCAACUUUGAAUUGCUUUGUAUUUCGAAGCCUAGGUCGAAAUUACCUAUUGGUUUUGGUGGGAAAGCAUUGGUUUGGCUUGUUGAUGCGUUAAAAGCAAGACCAGAAGGUUGUCCUGAUUUCAUUAUUAUCGACUGUCCGGCUGGAAUUGACGCCGGAUUCAUUACCGCCAUUACACCUGCUAAUGAGGCGAUUCUUGUAACGACGCCGGAUAUCACGAGCUUGAGAGACGCCGAUAGGGUGACGGGAUUGCUUGAAUGUGAUGGAAUUCGAGACAUUAAGAUGAUGGUGAAUCGGGUUCGGACAGAUAUGAUCAAAGGGGAGGAUAUGAUGUCCGUGCUAGACGUACAAGAGAUGUUGGGGUUGGCUUUAUUGGGUGCAAUCCCUGAGGAUUCAGAGGUAAUUCGUAGCACAAACAGAGGGUACCCUCUGGUGUUGAACAAGCCACCCACAUUGGCGGGUUUGGCCUUUGAGCAGGCAGCUUGGAGGCUUGUUGAACAGGACAGUAUGACGGCUGUGAUGGUCGAGGAGGAGCCGAAGAAACGAGGUUUUUUCUCGUUCUUUGGUGUCUAAGAGAUCAAAUUCUCUGAGACAAAGGUUGUGUAGAUCUUAAGGGGCCAUGUAUAAAGUGAGUAGAAGAAUUUUGGUAGUGUUAGAAGAGCAGCCGGACCUGCUACUACUUGUUCAACAGGAGGAGAUGCCACGGGAUAGGGGCAACUUUCUUCUGGAGUGCUGAUUGUUUUUGUUGUUGGGAUGAAGUUUGAUCCUUGAUUUUUUUUUUUUUUUUUCGUUGUACAAAUCCUUGUUGAGGUUUGCUCAGGUUGACGAUCCUUGGUUAGGUUUAUUGCCAUACAAAAGAGCUAAAACUCUUUUUAUGAGUUCCACUUCUCAAAGGAAGUCGAGUCUUAUAAAAGACGCUACUCUAGGGAGAAAGUUCUCGAGUUGAGUCUUUGUGAGUUCAUCUCAAACAACUUUGGAAAUUUGUAUCUAAUGAUUUUGUUGGGAUUGAAA